UUUGUUUCUCCCCCCGGAUUUUCCUCCCCCUCCCACUGCUCUCUCUCCACUCGGUCUUCGACUAUACACAGCAAGAGGUCGCCCCACACCUUGAACUCGACCAUGGUAUUCAAGGCACGCUGUUUUGCUUGAUGGUGAAUGAAUGGCAGCUGACAGUCACUGGUAGACACUCGGUGCAAAGGCUGCAGCCGCCCUGGAUAGGGAGCUGAUGAGCACAGGCGCCUUCUCCAUCGACCAGCUCAUGGAGCUCGCAGGACUGUCUGUAUCCCAGGUUGUGUACCGCGUCCAUCCCAUCAACAAAGGCCGCAGGGUUCUGGUCGCUGUCGGCCCUGGCAACAAUGGGGGUGACGGUCUUGUGGCAGCCCGACAUCUGCGCCAUUACGGUUAUCAACCAACCAUUUACUACCCCAAACGCAGCAAAAACGAGCUUUACCAGCGCCUCGCCAAACAGUUGGAAGACCUGGAUGUUCUCUUCGUCGACGAUUUCCCCAAGGCGUUGAGCUCGGCUGAUCACGUUGUCGAUGCUAUUUUUGGUUUCAGUUUCUCUGGAGAAGUUCGAGAGCCGUUCCCAGCCGUCAUCAACGCAAUGGCGGAGACCCAGGUCCCGGUGACCUCCGUGGAUGCCCCCUCAUCGUGGGAUAUCGAGGAGGGCCCGCCCAAAAGUGGUGUCGGUAGUAAUUUUCACCCUAACUUCCUGAUCAGCUUGACAGCUCCAAAGCCCCUUGUCAAACACUUCAAGGGCCGUCACUUCAUUGGAGGACGCUUCGUCACACCCGCAAUCGCAGCAAAAUAUGACUUUGACGUUCCCGAGUACGAAGGGCUCGAUCAAGUUGUCGAGGUUGGACCCAGCGGUCAAAAGCUCUAACGUGGUUCGGGGGGGUCGAAACAGGCGUCUUGGUGUGGUUUCCGUCUCUG